GCUGCUGCUGGCAGCUACAGGAUGAAGUCGCCUCCCUGCUGCAUGUCUCUUUCUUCCCAAGCGUCCCUGGAGGAACCAGGGAGUAGCACAUCCCUGGGCUCCCUGGACUCCAGUGUUUUCUCCAGUGAGGAGGAGCAGGGGCCCCUGCUCCAGAAGGUCGUUCCCUCCUUGGACUGCUUUACUAUCAAUGUAGGAGGCAGCCGCUUUGUGAUGUCCCAGCAAACUUUGUCUUGCUACCCUGACACCCGUCUUGGCAAACUGGCCGUAGUGGUCUCUGCUGCCCGGGAUGUGGCCUCUGGCCUCCUUGAGCUUUGUGAUGAUGCCAACCUUGUGGAGAAUGAGUAUUUCUUUGACCGGAGCUCACAGGCGUUUCACUACAUCCUGAAUUACUACCAGACGGGGAGGCUGCAUGUGAUGGAGCAGCUUUGUGCGCUCUCCUUCUUACAAGAGAUCCAGUACUGGGGAUUGGAUGAGCUCAGCAUCGAUUACUGCUGCAGAGACCGGUACUUCAGAAGGAAGGAGCUGAGUGAAGCCUUAGACAUCAAGAAAGAUGCAGAAGAACUGGAUGCCCAAGAUGAGGAGGAAGACUUUUCUGGUAGCCUCUGUCCCAGUGUCAGACAGAAACUUUGGGAAGUUUUGGAAAAGCCCGGCUCCUCUGCGGCAGCCAGGACUUUCGGCACUCUGUCCAUGGCUUUUGUUGUUGUGUCCAUUGCCAACAUGGCUUUGAUUUCCGUAGAGCUAAGCUGGCUGGCACCACCACUACUGGAUGCCCUAGAGUACCUGUGCAUCGCGUGGUUCACUGUGGAGUUUGUUCUGAGGUUCCUGUGUGCACGGGAUCGGUGUCGCUUCCUAAGGAGUGUGGCAAACAUCAUAGACCUCCUUGCUAUUUUACCUUUCUACAUCACCCUGCUGGUGGAGAGCCUGUGUGGUGGGGAGAGCUCUCAAGAACUUGAGAACGUGGGGCGCAUUGUCCAAGUGCUGAGGCUGCUCAGAGCCCUGCGGAUGCUGAAGCUGGGAAGACAUUCAACAGGUUUGCGGUCUCUUGGGAUGACUAUCGCACAGUGCUACGAGGAGGUCGGCCUUUUGCUGCUUUUCCUCUCUGUAGGAAUCUCUAUAUUUUCCACUGUGGAGUACUUUGUUGAGCAAGGCAUGCCAGGCACAACUUUCACGAGUGUACCUGGUGCGUGGUGGUGGGCAACAACUUCCAUGACAACUGUUGGUUAUGGUGACAUUAGACCAGACACUACCAUUGGUAAGGUAGUGGCCUUUAUGUGUAUACUAUCAGGAAUACUGGUUUUGGCGUUGCCGAUAGCUAUAAUAAAUGACCGUUUCUCUGCCUGUUACUUUACACUGAAGAUAAAAGAAGCCGCUCUUCGGCAGCGUGAAGCUUUGAAGAAACUCAUGAAGAACUCAUCCAGCGACUCUAAUAUCAAUGUUAAUUUGCGAGACAUAUAUGCACGCAGUGUCAUGGACAUGUUACGGUUAAAAAGCAGAGAGAGAGCCAGCACAAGGAGCAGUGGAGCAGAUGAUUUUUGGUUUUGACUUC